AUGAUGCCCACGAAUCACUCACCCAGGCGGAGCCCCAGGCUGGAAGCCUCGGGCGUUCCCGCAACUGCGACCACCACGGCCACAGCAACUGGCACCGCGACCAGCUCUGCGAGUGUGGCUGGUGAUCGGCAGAGGCCACAGACUCCGAAGGAAAGUGGAACAGCCGCCAGGAAAGCGGCAAGUAACCUGCAGCCCGAAGCGACGGGGCAGACUACGGAUUCCACAACUGUAGUGGCGGCCUUAAUGGAAAGGAUCGCACGUCUGGAGUCGGAGCUGGGGAAGGCAAGAGCAAGUGGAGGACAAGCAGAGGCCGCCAGAGAUCCCGGUGGAAUCAGGGCACGCGGCGUUGGAGUGAGCGGUGCAGCGAAUACACCGCCAUGUUUGCCGGCACAAAGGCUAGUGAAAGCCCUGAAGGGAGAGGCUCGCGAAACAGUGAAGUCGUUGCUCAUCUAUCCCAGCAACGUACAAGCUGUUAUGGAGCAGCUACGAUUCCGGUAUGGACGCCCGGAGCAACUGAUCCGCAGCCAAUUGGAGAGCGUGAGCGAAGUGCAGCCGAUUCAGGAGGCCAACAUCGCGAGGAUCGUGCCGUUCGCGACAAAGGUUAGCAACCUGUCAGCGUUCCUGCAGUCGACCGCGACCGGCAGCCAGCACCUAGCCAACCCAACCCUUAUGGAGGAGCUGAUAGCCAAGUUGCCUCUAAGCAAGAGGUCGGACUGGGCAAGGCACGCGGCCACGAUACAGCCGUAUCCGACGGUGGCGCACCUGAGCGAGUGGCUCCAUGAAUUCGCCAAACUGGUGUGCACUGUCACGGACGCCGGAGCCAGGGAACAACCGAAGCGAAGGAUUCUGCACGCGAAUAGUGUUCGCGAGGAGGAGCAAUAUGUCGACCGCCCCAGAUGCUGCCCUAUAUGCGAGGGACAGCACCAGGUCAGGGACUGCAAGGACUUCAUCAGCGCCUCUACAACGACACGGAUCGAGUCCGCGAUGAAGCGACGACUGUGCUUCUCGUGCCUGGAGCCCGGACACAUGUCCCGGUUCUGCAGGAAGAGCCGCGGAUGCAACGUCCUCGGAUGCCAGAUGAGGCAUCACCACCUGCUCCACGAAGUACUUGAACGAUCCAAACGGCCGCCAGUCGCAGAUGGGGGCCACAGAAGGGAUCAGGACCGACAACCGUACAGAGACGGCAACAAUCGGAGGGGAGUGCCACGGUCAGUGGAUUCCAGCGAAAGGAACCAUCCUACGUCAGCCGCAGUUGUAGACGCGCGACGUGAGCGGGAUGAAGGGCAAUCGGCGUACGAUCGCCAGGAGUUGCCGCACCGAAACCUCAACAUCGACUCAAUUGGAUGCCACCUGCUGUUCAGGAUUCUACCCGUGACGCUGAACGGCGAGAAUACGAAGGUCGACACGUACGCACUGCUGGACGAAGGAUCGUCUGUCACACUCAUCGACGACGAACUCAUCCGCAGCCUGAACCUGAAAGGCGAGAGUCGCCAGCUGAAUGUGCAAUGGUUUGGUGGAAAAUCCGCCAAAGAGCACACGAAGGUGGUCAGCCUGCAGAUCAGCGCAGCGGGAAAACCAAAGCGCCAUGGGCUGAAAAAUGUGUACGGAGUGGCCAAUCUGAACCUUCCGAUGCAGAGCCUGCGUCAGGAGGAUGUACAGGCAGUGAAGGCGAACACGCGUCUGCCGGUGAUGCCGUACAACAAUGCGACGCCGAGGAUCCUAAUUGGACUGGAUCAUGCGCAUUUAGGAGUACCCUUCAGAACCAAAAGUUAUGGAUCUGGAGGGCCGUUUGCAGCAGAAACCGCACUUGGAUGGGUGGUAUAUGGACCGGUGAACGGAAAGCCGAGCUCGCCGCUUUUGAGUUCGUGCCUCCUAGCCGUGCCCCAGGAUGAUCUUCUGGAGAAGAUGAUCAGCGACUACUUCGAGACCGAGAAUUUCGAAGCGAAGACGGUGCAGCCAGUCGCAGCUGGCAGAGUGGACCUGGAGCCGUCAGUCGGAGAUAGCGGCGACGCUCGGGCCCUGAGCACCCUGGAGAAGACGACCAAACGCGUAGGCCAGAGAUACGAGACCGGGCUGCUAUGGAAGGACGACGAAGUGAGAUUGCCGGAGAGCUACAGCAUGGCUCUCAGGAGGCUCGUCAACAUAGAGCGUAAAAUGAAGCGCGAUGUGGACUUCGCGUCGGCUUACAUCCGGAUAAUGGACGAUUAUGUCAAGAAGGGAUACGCACGACGACUGGAGGCCCAGGAAGUCCAGAGGUUUCAGGAGGGCAAAGUGUGGUACCUGCCGCACUUCGAAGUGGAAAACCCGAACAAGCCUAGGAAAAUCCGGCUGGUUUUCGAUGCGGCUGCCAAGGUGGACGGUGUGUCCUUGAAUUCAGCGCUAUUGAAAGGCCCACAGCGCUACAAGCCCCUCCCAGCAGUGCUCUUCCAUUUUCGGGAAGGAGCGGUUGGAGUUUGUGCAGACAUCAAGGAGAUGUUUCAUCAGGUACUGAUGCAGCCGAAGGACAGAUGCGCCCAGAGCAGCACGGACCCGCGAGCAGCCCUGGCCAUCAACGAAUACCACUACGUGGAUGACUACGUCGACAGUUUCGCUAGCGAGGACGAAGCUAUCGCCAUCUCGACACGGGUGAGAGAAAUUCACGCUGAAGCAGGUUUUGAUUUGUGCCGAUUUACCUCCAGUUCGGCAAGUGUGGUCAGAGCGCUGAACCCACUUGAGUCCAUCGCCAGCAUCGGAUGGACCGAAGCUGAGGAGAAGGUUCUUGGGAUGUACUGGCAACCGGCUACCGAUGAUUUCAAGUUCGGCGUCAAGUACCAUCGAGUCCCGAGGAACGUGAUGACGGGGGAACGAGUCCCUACCAAGAGGGAGUUCCUAAGCCUGGUGAUGUCUACGUUUGACACGAUUGGGUUCCUGAGCUGCUACAUGGUGACUGCCAAACUGCUGCUGAGGGAGAUUUGGCGGAGAGGAGUCAACUGGGACGAGCCGCUACCGGAUGAAUUGGCCGCAGCCUUCGAGGAUUGGCGGCAAGGGAUGAGUCGGAUCCAGGAGUUCCGAUGCCCGCGCCACUACUUUGGCGGCGGACGAGUGCGGACGCUACAGCUGCACAUCUUCGUGGACCCACCGGAUAUACAAACAGUUCGUCGGAAACCGGGUGGCGGAGAUUUUGGAAUCGACGAGGCGUCGUGGAAGAGGUGUUCACCGGGAAGGAUGGAGUACCUCGUUGAGCAGCGGUGCGGACUACCGAUCGAGCCAAGACGACUAUGCGUCCCGCUUCGAAGCUAG